GGUCGAUGCCACGAAGUGCCGUCGUUGGCGCUGACAUCGGGAAAAUAAGCUCGUCCGAAAGCUCCACCGACUGCAGUAGCCCGGCAUCCGUCGGCGCCGCGGUCAGGACGAGAGGUUCGCACCCGCGCUCGGCAGGACUGCCGAUGGAAGCUCGUCGCUGAAAGCGCUCGCUAUGUGGACCCCGUCGUGAUCCACGAAAAAUCGCGACACGGUGUACUGUUUCUCCAUCCCUUCCCCCUGUUACCCCGUCUGUUUCCCGCAUCCCUUCCGCUUUCCAUCUGUCCAACGGCCAGGUCCUUCGUGACGCGAAGGCGUGAUUCGCGGUGAUUCGCGGGGUCAAAUGUGCACGGUGGACAGCAUUGUGACAUAGUGAGCGGAAGUAGGAGACGAAGAAGAGAUCGGCAGGGGGGCAGAGGAGCGGGGAACGCGGGAAGACGAGGAGGUGGAUGAUGAUGACGAGGGGGCACAGGAAGAGGGCGCCGAGCCCUGAUGCACUCGCAUCUUCGACAUAGGGGAUCUCGUUCCGUCUCUUCGACGUCCGACGUGACGAGCAGCGAGCACGCCAAGGACGACGACGACGACGAAGACGACGACGACGACGACGACGACAACGACGGCGACGACGUCGCUUAAAAGCCUCCAGCACGAAACCAGCACUGCCGUUUGUUCUCCGAGAUGGCGGACGAAAAGGAGAAGCAGACGUUCCUGCAGAAGCUGCUGUUCUAUACGACCGCGUUCUUCAUCCUCCUCAGCACCUUCAGCCUCUUCGCCUUCCUCUUCUUGGUCCCCUUCGUUAUCGACCCCGCCUUCACCACCAUCUUCAUGCAGUUUGACACUCGACCCGCCGAGUGUGUCACCAUCGACGUUGAAUCCAGAAGAGGUGCGAGCAAUUGCUCAUGGACAUCCUGUAGAGAGGGUUGCACUAAGGAGCUGUACGAUUGUACGCAAAUACGCGUCAACUAUAAGCUACCGGAAAACGUGUCCGAAGGGUCGGACGAGGGAGGCGAAGUGGUAGGAGGUGUCGAGGACGACGAAGAGAGUAAGCGUAUGUCGCGUUAUGAGCGCUCUUUAGGCGAGUACGUCGAGGGUCUCGACAUCGCCGUGAAUGACGAGACCGGGCUGUUGGAACCUUCCCCUACAGAGCGUACUAGAUCCAGGAGUCAUUAUACGCGGUUUUCCCCGUCCGAGAGGGCCCGUCCCUCCGGUUCUCCCGCUGGAGAACGUCCGUCGCCGAACAAUAACGAGGGGAAGUUCGCAGGUCUCAUGGUCAACGACUCCUGGUACUUCACCGGGGCCAAGCUGUUCCCCAACGUAAAAGGCUGUGGAUACCCUCCAAUGCUGAAUUGCAGUAUUUUCUACCGGCAGUACGCCAACAUAGGACAGAACUUUAGCUGUUACUACUCGAAAGUGGAUCCCGGGAUAGUCAUCAGCGACCUCGAUAUGUGGCAGGUGUACAUGAACCUUGUGUACGCGAUGGCGAUUCCGAUACCGUCUUUCAUAAUCUCGGUGAUAUACCUCACCAUCGCCUACUUCAAGAUCUACAACGAAGACGAGGAAGUCCUCGUAGGUGGCGAACAGGGUGAGGAGGGGGAGGAGGGGGACGAGGGUGACGGUACACCCUUGCCGCCCACCAGCGGUGCAUUGACGCCCGGAAGUGAGGCCUUCAGGGAGAAUCUGGCGAGCUUCGGGCACCAACUCAAGGUCGCGAUGGCCGACGACAUCAGCAGGGAGAGUCUUGACGGGAUUCCUAACUCGCUCUCUCUUCAGGGAAACUUGAGCAAGACGAUGACGACGAGUAUCUCGACUCCCCCUGGGCCGACAGUGGCAGUCUGAAGCGGCACUUUCAAGGUCUGAAUAAUAUUUCGUGGAGGCCACAUUGAGAGCGAUUCUCACGUCGCGUUUGCAAAGAAAAAAAAAACCGAAACGUUACAAGACUUGGCCUCGUCGACCGAGGAAGAGCCAAGUCGACUUUCUCUCUCAGGAUCGACUAAGAAAAUCCACCCUCGCGAUUCACGGAGUGAACCAGAGGCAACGCUCGGUGCAACUCGAAUACACGGUGAUUACAGAGGAAAAAAUCCCGCGACAAAAAUCUGCCAUUCUCUCUACUGUAAAUCUAUCCCCGACUACCAACACACUAACUAAAGAGACAGCGUCGAUUACACAGAUUAUCACGAUAUUUUGCGACGAACUUUUUCGUACUCGAUAACAAGCUCAAAGUCGCAUAAGUAUGUAUAUCGCACUGAUUCCGCGCUGCAGCUCGAGAGCACCAGGAGAUCUCUCCUCGAUUACGCCGAAAAGUUCUUCGUUUCUUCGCAAUGUUUCAACAUUUGGCAAGCGGUGAGCCAUUUAUUCCGCGCGCCGGAAUUCAUUUACCUCGCACGAUGCCUUCUUCGUAGCUUGUCCAGGUGCGGUCCGAAACCAGCUCGCGUGUAUCUCGUGCCUAUCGCAUUCCGCAAAACACGAAGAAUCUGUCCUUACGUCGUAUAUGCAGGCGCGUUCAGCGUUUCAGCUGUAUAUUUUUGAGCGAUUUUCCACAAUUGCGGCGGAGGGGAAAGACAGACCUGUCAUUUUUGGGAGCGACGCAAGUCCGACGACGAAGCCUGCGGGAUCCGCGCAAUUUCUGAAUAAAAAAAAUAAGAGACACAGAGAGUGAAAAUUGUAAAUGUUGACAAAAAUUUCUACACGAUAUACAGAGUAAAAGUUUAGAAAAAAAAUAGCAGAUUAUAAAUCUGCCUCCCUACGCGAGUUUCCAGAUUGACGUACGUCGAUAAAGGACUCAAAACGACCGAUGCAGCUUCUUGCACUCCGAGUAUAACGUGAACAAACGUCUCUCUCUCUCUCUCUUUCUUUCUCUCUCUGGUUCACUCAACGAUACCGGAAAACGCAGAGGAAGGAAGGAAAAAAAAAGGAAAAGCUAUCUAUAUAUUAGGGUCGUGAGUUACCUAUGGACUAAAGGAACUUAAUCAGUAAAACAUUAUGAGCUAAACUACCGUUUAAAAUAACGUUAAUCGAGUAUUAAUCGGGUAAUUUUGCUUGCUGUGCGAUCAUGAUGCGUCCACCCUCGUCUCACCCGUGCAUCGUAGACACUCUUUUAUCAGACACACGCCAUACGUCCGUUCCACUUUGAUUAACUACCAACUUGGCGACACGCUUUUUUUGCAAAACGCGCGAUUCGCAGUCCACCCCCGCACCCCGUUGCGGCCUCGUCCAUAUAUAUAUAUGUAUACUACGAUCUCCACACGCACAACUCCGACGUUUUUUCAGGUACCUGACUGACACACACGAAGAAACGUAGGUACCACUUUCUUCGCGAGCUUACAUAUACAAUAUAUAUAUAUAUAUAUGCGUUAAAAAUCGAUACGAGUAACACACGAAGCGAAGAAACGUACAGCAAUAUAUACACAUGAGAAGAGUAAACGUCAACGAGCCAACAUCCAGAUACCUGUUGUCCUUGGACGCAAGAGAGAGAGAAAAAAAAAAAUAGGAUCGAGAAAAGAAAGAUAUGUCGUCACCUAAAUUUUGUCGGUAUCGUUUGCACUUUUGACAUUGUAUUUUUACGAGCUACUCAGAUUUGCGCGAGUUUAAACGGAGGCGAAACUUUGGGUUCAGUUUACGAACUUCGAAUUAAAAAAGAAAAAAGAAAUUAAGGGAACGGCUUGUCUUAUUAUCGGCUCAAUGUCAACCGCGAAUAUAAUUAGUUUUACGCUGCAUUAUGAUUUUCUAGAGCGCCAACGUCGCCUGGAAUAUCGACCAAACGUUUGCCGCAUGGAAACUGACUCUAGGAAUAACAGAGUAUUAUAUUGUAUCCAAUUAUUUCGUUAUGGCAUUUGUAUCGAAAUGUUGAAACGCUUCGUUAAAAGGGGUAAAUUGUUUGCCAAUUAUCUAGUACGCUUGGGGCUCUUGAAGACAUUAAUUUCCAUGUGGCACCAAAAUGGCCGAGAUAUAAAAAGAAAAAAAAAAAGAAAAAAAAAAGAAAAAAAAUCACGUGUAAUUAACGCUCAAUAUCGAUUCACGAUUUCCGGAAUUCGUGCUAUUUCUGCAAUCAUACACACACACAAACACACAUACACGACGCAUAAUAUCACGAAUGUACACGUUACACACAUCGAUAAUCUAUGAAAAAGAAAAGAUAAUUAAAUUGUUUUUAUGGAUUAAGAAACAAGUUGUCUGUGAUCUACAAUAAUUAAAAGAAUAUUUAAUAAAUAUUAACAGAUACAAAAGUAUAAAAUGUCGAUAAAGUAAUGUUGAAUGAAUAUAUAAGAGGAAGAAAAAUAAUCGAACGAUCAGAUUUUAUUGGUUCUCGAGGCGUAUUGGUAGAGAGCAAUACGAGGUAGCAAGAGAGAAGUAAAAUAUCGUACGAGAAAAUUUAAGUCGCUGCAGGAGGGAAUUUUAGAAAAAAAAAAA